AGUGGGGAGGGAGCGGGCCUAAUGCAGGGAGACAGGUAGGAGGCCAGAGAGUGGCUGGCUGGGGAAAAUAUGUUAUAUUCAUGUAAUUCACUCUCUUUCUUUCUUCUCACAAGUUGUAGAAAUUCUGUCACUUUAUCUUGAAACAUACGGUAGUAGAACAAUGGUACCCUUUAAUGCUAAUCAUUCAGUCAGGGAGGAGGCUGUGCUUUGUUCUUCAUUAGUCAAACACUGCAAACAUUUCCCAUAAUCCCCAGGUAAACGUUAGGCUCUCUGUGGUUGGAGAGGGCGGUGUUCUUGGCUCCGGUAUUUCCUGGUUGUUCAGUCCCUUGAGCAAACAUCUCCUGCUUGGAUAGGCAGAGUUUCGGCUGAUACUGUACUCAAGUCAGCCGUUGCAGUCAUGUCACUCUGAAGUAACAGUCGUUUACAGCGCGCUGCUACGAGAUGAAGCGAGAUGAUCCUGUAUCGGAGAUCCUUUCUUUGAAAGGAUGGUUCGUCCAGGUAUCGGAGUCUUUGUCUGCGGCCCUCCUACCCUCGGGCCAGGGACCGGGCCAGACUAGGGAGUCUCAGGGAGUGUCUGCUGACCCAGCACCCUCACCAGGAGAGACCCAGGAGGUGUCUGAUCCCUCAGAGCUCCAGGAGGACUUAGGGUCCCAGACCUCCAGGGCUGUUGUGUCCUCCAUGGACCCCCAGCAGAGGCUACAGGCCCUCCAGGCUCAGCUGACUCUACGGGGCAUGAGUAGGCCUAGCAGCUCCUGUUCUGGGGCUUCCCCAUCUGCAGAGUGUCUGUCUAUCAUACCCGAGGAGAGUGAGGUGGUGGGGAGCAGGGUGAGCUGGGCAGCCUCAUGGCACUCCAGUAAGGCUGGCACAGCAGUGAACAGUUACGGGGAUGGUGAGGAUCAGUCCAGCUCAUCGGAUAGCGAGGACGAGAUAGUGAAGCAGUUUGAGAUCUCAGUGUCUCGCUCUCAGAGCUUCCGCUCUACAGGGACCACCGAGGUUGUAGCCCAGGCUGCACCGGGAAAACGCCACAAGUUCACCCGCCUACUCUCUGACCAGGAGGAGGGCAGCACAGAGCCCUCAGACUGCGAAGACGUGGACGGAGACGUGAGCAGGCUGAGUUACCAGAACCCCCUGUCGUACGGGGAUGAGAAGCUGGGCUCCCUGGGGUCCCAGGAAAUGGCUGAGGGUCUGGACGGCCCACCACGGGAGGGCUCGCUGGACACAGGGGGCAGCCCGGCCCCCAACAUGAGUCGCCAGGCCACCGAGGGGAGCCUUGAGAUGGAGACAGCCGUGGACAACCAGGGUGACGACAACAACGACCCUACAGACAGCUCCUCCACAUGGAGCCCAGAGCAGGAGCAUCUUCCUGUAGAGGAGGUCCUCCCUUGCCCCCCCAGCUCCACCUCACGCCCCCCUAUCACCAAAUGUGGUGACCUCGAGGUCACCAUGGACUACAAGGCCGCCUCUCAGAAGCUGUUUGUUACCGUUGUGACCGCGCGGGACAUCCCAGACAAAGGGCGCAGUGGGAUGGACUCGUGGCAGGUGCACGUGGUCCUGCUCCCAGCAAAGAAGCAGCGUCAUAAGACCUCCGUCCAGAAGGGGUCCGUGCCCGAAUUCAACGAGACCUUCCGCUUUUCACACCUGGAGCCUUCAGAGCUGGGUACCUCUGCCCUGCGCUUCCGGCUCUACGCCCUGGGGGGCCGGAUGUCCCGCGAGCGCAUGAUGGGGGAGAAGGUGGUCCGCCUUGAGGGGCUGAGCCCAGAGGGGGGAGAUAUGGACACCACGCUGGUGCUGGAACCCCGCAGCAACAUGAAGAGUGUUGACUCUCAGGUCAGUCUAGCUGGGGUGUCCCAGAGUGACAGUGCGUCCUCCACCCAGUCUCUAACCCACGGGGGCGUCCCUGAGCUGCUGGUGGGCCUGUCCUACAACGCCACCACCGGACGCCUCUCUGUGGAGCUCAUCAAGGGAAGCCACUUCCGCAACCUGGCCAUUAACAGGCCGCCCGACACCUAUGGGAAGCUGACUCUGCUCAACUCAGUGGGCCAGGAGAUCUCCAGGUGUAAGACAUCAGUGCGGCGGGGGCAGCCCAACCCCGUCUACAAGGAGACCUUUGUGUUCCAGGUUGCCCUGUUCCAGCUGUGUGACGUCACCCUCAUGGUGUCCAUCUACAACCGCCGCAGCAUGAAGCGUAAGGAGAUGGUAGGCUGGCUCGCCCUGGGCCAGAACAGCAGCGGGGAGGAGGAGCAGCUGCACUGGCUGGACAUGAAGGAGUGUAAAGGCCAGCAGGUCUGUCGCUGGCACGUCCUCCUGGAAGCCUAGAAGCCAGGAUGGAGAGGAUGGGAAGCAAUCCCCAACACUUACCCAGUCACUUAGGGCCCAAUUCCGACUUAUUAUGCCUUUCUUACUCACCGCUUUCCUACGCACUUCUCAGUAGUUGGUAUUCAGACUUACCUUGUGAAGGUGGGAACAGGGAUUUGCAGGUGUGGUUCGCUUGCACGUUUUCAUUCAAUAGGGUUUUCUGUACAUUUAUCUUAAACCAUCCUUUUAAAUACGGUGUACCUUUAAGUUUGAAUUUUGUCGACAGACUCACUAGAAUAUAUAGUGAGAAUGGUUCAGAAUAUUAGGGAUCAAUGAAAGAAAGCCAUCUAAAUAUGCACCAUCUAAAUGUAUGCAUAUUCGUCUCUGUUUCAGCACCAAUUGGUAGAUUUAAAAAUACUCUGAUCUUGUAGAUUAUUUAGGGCAAGGAAAGUAUUUAUGAAUCAUAAAAAACAGGUUUGGAGAGCCUUUAUGCACGAAAGAAAGAAAACGGUGGUUUGAUUCAUUCUUAAAAAUGUUAACCCGUGGUAAUGUUGGAAGAUUAGUGUACAUAGAAAUAUAAUAGGGAGAAUAGUGUACAAUAGUAGGCUAUACCCAUGUUUAUUGCCUGCACUAACCAUGGAACUGUGUGAUGACACAGCCAGGUAUUGCGCCAUGCGACUUACGGCUUGGUCUGCGCCCUGCUCCGUAAUGAUUUAAUUAGCCUACAUAUAUAUUUUUAUAUUAUCAACUGUUACUAAUGAUCCUCAGCAACAACCACAUGGCCGUGGCAGCGUUUACAGAGGAAGCAGGUGAAGGUAAACGAAACAAUGUAAUUAAAUGGAAUGAUAAUGUAGGCUAUACCAAUUGAGGGAACUAACAGUAAAUUGGCAGGAGAAUGUGUGUUGUUGUUAUUAGGCCUACUGACAGUCAAUGCUGAUAGUGUCUAAUAUUUAACAUGAUAGAAAUAGGAGACAGAGAAAGUUGAGGUAGCCCAUAAUUAAGACAUUCGAGAGUGCCCAUCCCUGCAAGUUAAAAGGCAGUACAAUUUAAAUUCUGCAUAAUGGCACAGCAUUUCAUAAACUUUACAGUGGGAAAGUUGAUAUGUUGAUAUGCUUCAGUUUGCUGCCAUAUGACUGGUUUCACCUUUUCACCCAGCGAUUAUAAGGUAAAAUAGAUCUAAAACAAGUGUAGUUUAUAUUUACAAUUUCCUUAUCCAAACAGUUUGCUCAUAUACCUAGCUCUUAUCAAGUUGUAAAUUAAAGUACAUGGAAAAUGGUGUUAUUUCUUUUGGAAAAAAUAAAGUAGCUUUUUCCACUUGGAACCAGCAGGUUCGCUAGACCUUAUUCAUAGUUUCCUUGCGCGCAAAAUUGAUUAAAUUAUUAUAGGGAAUUAAGUCAAGGUCAGAAUAUCGCGUAUCAAUAGACACACCUCAGCCACGCCUUAAUUUAGUCAAUCUCCACCCUGAACGAAUAGCAGGUGAAUAGCACGCUAUUCUCAUGCUUAAUUUCAAGGUCAGAAUACGCAUAGAGAGAAAAGUGCAUAAAAAAGGGAUUUCCGUUCCAUUUAUGCAUUCUUAACUCGGGUUGGAAUCGGGCCCCUAGUUACUAAACUGGUUGUUCCCGGUAAGUGGAGGGAGUUAUCCUGUCCCCAGUCCCCAGACAGACACCUGCUCUAUGUAGGCAGGAGAGCCUCAACACAACUACUGUGGCCCCAUCAUGACUACAAUCUGCAAACUACAGCUCCACACACCUGUUUACACCAUUGAUGAGCAAAAAAGGAUAUUACAUAGCAAAAAAAAGCAAAAAACAAAGUGCUUCAAUUAUGCCGAUAUGGAUAUACAGAAAAGAUAAAUUGUUGCAUUUAUUCUAUGGGGUUUUAUAAGUUUAAAUUCAGAAAAGGUUAUUAAGUAUUGGUUUAACUAUAGUUACAUUGUGUUGUCACAGACAGCUCGAAGUUUGGUUGGUCUUCUCUGUAUAUGUAUAUGUAUAUGAAGAUGUCAAACAUUGUAUCAUACAAAAAUGAAUAUACUGUUAUGAUUGUCCAAGGACAAUGGUUUUUGAUGAAUUACUAUCGUACUUUAUUCAGCCACACUUCAAGGUGAAGAAAACAAAUAUUUUAGAAUGAUUUCUUCCUUUAUGAGGGAAAAGGGAGACUGAAAUCUUUGUUAUUUUGUAUCAUUCCAAACACAUACAUUUAAUCAUUUGGAUUUCAAAACAGUUUUGAUAGAUUUCUUCCUGCUUUCUACUUUUCUAGGUUUUGAAACUGUAUAGUUCAGGGUAAUUUCACAUUGAAUGAGCAUGCGUUUUGUUCUUUAUCACACGUGUUUGUAUCUUCAUCAACUUUUACUCCUCCUCUCCUACUCUAAGACAUGACCUGCUCUCAGACAAGUAACUAAAGGACUCUUUAUUACUCUUUAUAUUACUCUAUUGGAUGAGAACAUCUGUCCACUCUGUCUGACAGAUUCAGUCUCUUCACUUAGUGGCCCUUAGUGACUUCCCAGGGUAAAGUUAAGUUCAACAGCCAUCCAAGCUGAGCUGAAAAUAGGCUUUAAACAUCCCAGUGCAUCUGUUAAUAACAUCAUGCCAUGAAUGACCCUCCCUGGCAGUGUAUUAUUUUUCUCUGCUAAUUGGUAGUUACAGUACUUGAACCAUACAGUGUGAUGAUGAUGAUGCUGAUGCUCAUGGCCAAGUCUGCAUCAGCUUCAUUAUAUCCUAUGGCAGUAGCUGCUUUUGGGUGAUUACACUUAUUACACACCCUAGGUCGAGGGCUUCUCACACCAAGGAGGAUAUGGAUUUUUCAAAAAAUAUUACAUUUUCACUUUAGAGCAACUGUAUUCCUACUAAGCAUAUUUUGCAAAGCACCUCUCCCUGGACAGCAGUUUACUGGCCUUCUAGUCCACUGGUCUUCAACCUUAGUGUACCUACAGUUCAGUCAGUAUCUGGCUUGUGGACUCCUAUGGGGCCUGUCUGAUUAACUCUAUCUAAGCAGUCAUUGAUUGUUCAAUGAAGUACUGAGGUGGAAUGUAAAUCAGUAUUAUUCUCUGCCAUUUGAGUUAAUUAUCCAUGGUCCAUGACCUGUGGGGUGUUAUGGAGCAUUGAACCUGCAACCUUCAUAACCACUCAGUUUUCCUGGAUAGACAACAGAUGUAAUUAGGUCCCUUGGGUUGCACAGGGGAAUCAUAGUCUUAAUCAAAACACCAGGGUUUGAUCCAAUUAGAGAGCUGUGCUACAUAUGAACUUGUCCAUUUCCUCCAAUCAAACUAAUCACCCCUACAUCACAUAUGGAAUUCUUCCAAUGAGAAGAAUGGAUGGAGAAAUAUAUUUGAGCUUCCUUGGAACUGAAUGGCUGUCUUAGAAUUGCCCAGGUUGGUCAAACGUUUACAUUUGUAUCAAAGGUUAAAACCACUUUUUUUCACUUUUCGCGAGAACAUUGACUUAGUAAGUAACUGAUUCAGGGAUGAGUAUAGCACCACGUUUGAUGAUGAGCUUUUCAUUACAAGAUGACAAACUAUGAAUGCCACAGUUGGAGAGACUUUCCUCUGCUCUGUGGAUGAACUCUAACCUAACCUGAUAUAACUAGUAGGUGCAGUUCAUGUCAUAUCUAUAACACAGGUUUGUAUGGUUAAUGAUUUGACCAAUGAUUCCAGAAUGACCGUUACAGUGAUAAGAUGUUAUUUACUGUACCGGCUGAACCAAUUAUGAUGUAUUGUAUGCAUGUCAAGAGUUGCUGUACAUAAUCCCUCUAUAUUUUUGACAUUUUAAAUGUUCAAGAUGCCCUCUGAAGUAUAUGUUACUACCACAGCAUGCUAGUUUUCAGCUUCCACACAGUGAGAUUCUAAUGAAGUGCCUGUAUCGUAAGGGUAAGAGUUGAUGCCUGUAUGGGGUGAAAUUGAUAGAUGCAUAAAAUAGAAAUAGAUGCAUAAAAAUGAGCAUGAGUGUAUAGUCAACCAUGUUUAAUGUUCCUGUGAGAUGCAGCUGUAUGCACGGACUGUUGAUUUGUUCUCAUGCCUAUAUACACAGUGCCUGCACCAUGCAUGCAAAGAAUGACAAUGACAUAGAUAGUACUUUUGUACAUACUGGUCGUAUUAGUUUUGUUCUUGCUAAUAAAAUAAAGGUCCAUGUUGUAGUAAAA